GUCGUCCUAAAUCGACACAAACCAAAUAGGGACAAACAACUCGGGACGCCUUCGAAAUUUCUACUUCAAACGCGUGAAAAGCAAAUGUACAGACUUGCAAGAGCCAGCGCCUCCGUGUUUCGACGGCCUCCAACUUAUUCCCGCGUAUUUCUGUGUAGACCAUCAACUUCGUCUCUGAGACAGUUAUCCACAGGCCCUUCAAAUUCCUCGCUACCCAAUGAAUUGCCAGAAUCACAGUUACAAGAUGUGGAGGCUAUUGAGGAGGAAGAGAGCAAUCCUGCUUUUCCGGACGUCAUGAAACCAGACCCUAUUCACGACGAUCUUUUAGCUAUGGAUUUUGCUCCUACCAAACGCACACCACACGCGAACCGCGUCGUUAUACGCAGCGUUUAUGAACAGCACGUCAACCAAAUGCUAGAAACAGAUGGUGCAGAAAAAUCAGAGAAUGGUGCCGAAGAAGACGAUGCUGACGAGGAAGGCGAGGUCUCUCCACUCUCGAACCUCCCUCUCAGCCGGGAAGCUCUCGGCAAGCUGUACAAAUUCCAACUCAUCUCUCGCCGCAUCACACAACAGACAGGGAAGGGAAAAAUACACCGGCAAUAUGCGCUUGUUGUUGUGGGGAAUGGGGAUGGGUUAGUUGGUUAUGGAGAGGGUAAGGACGAAGAACUGCCAAGGGCAUCCGACAAGGCAUUCGCCGCUGCCGUUCGUAAUAUGGACUCUGUCGAACGCUUCGAGAAGCGUACAGUGUGGACGGAUAUAGAAACAAAGCUCGGUUCUACCCACAUCAUCCUACGGCCUCGUCCCGUUGGCUUUGGAUUGCGUUGUAACCCGAACGUGCAUCAGGUGCUCAAAGCAGCAGGCAUCAAGGAUGCCAGUGCAAAAGUAUGGGGUAGCCGUAAUCCACUCAACGUCAUCAAAGCUCUAUUCAGGGUGCUGCAGGCUGGGAACGCGCCGCUAGCUAUGGGUGAUGGUUUCGGAGGGAAGGUCAAGAAGCUUGACAAGGGGUCUGGACUGCGUAACAAGAGCGCUGUAGAACGGGAUCGUGGGCGGAAGCUCUUGGAUCUCAGGACAUACUGAUAUGGAUUGCCGUUAGCUUUCAUUCCCGUGUUUUGGCGUCCCUGUUUUGUGGCAUUGCUUUCCGCGGAAUAAAUUGAUCGAUUCCAGUGUGUUCUUUUCCUCUGCAUUCCUAGAGUCCAGCUGGUAUGAUCGAGACCCGAAGCGAUUGUAUGGUCAAAAUAAUGGUAACUUCAGGAAG